AAUUAUUAGCAUAUCUAUAUCAUCGACUGCAAUCAAGAAAAAUCCAAGAAGAAGUACAGAGAGAGAGAGAGAGAGAAAGAGAAGAAAGAGGAAGGGGAUGGAAAGCCAGGAGGAGGAGAAGAAGUCUAGGGUGGUGAAAAUUGGAUCAAAGGAGUCAUGGGAAUCACACGUAUCGCAAGCCACCAAUCAAGGCUCCCCUAUUGUGGUUCAUUUUACAGCCUCAUGGUGCAUGCCAUCAGUGGCAAUGAAUCCCUUUUUUGAGGAAUUGGCCUAUACUUACCAGGAUGUAUUGUUUCUCACAGUUGAUGUGGACGAUGUCAAGGAGGUAGCAACCAAAUAUGAGGUAAAAGCCAUGCCAACAUUUUUGCUGAUGAAGGAAGGAACUCAAGUUGACAGGCUAGUGGGUGCCAAUCCAGAUGAGAUAAAGAAAAGGAUUGAAGGUCUUGUUCAAUCUUAUCAAGUUUAUUUGGCCUAGCUAGUCACUUAGCUUAUCUUGAGUUAUAAUAUGUAUAUAAUAGUCUGCAAAAUGACUUUGUGAUUGUGGCUUAUGUGGUUUCAAAAAAUGUGGAGAAAAAUGGAUUGAUUUCAAUCUACAGACUGUGUAAUAUCUUUAACAAUUUUGUUGUAUUAGCGCUUGGCAACAUGGGAUGCGGUUGUAAAAAGAAGAUACGAAUUUUAUAAAUGGAUAAUCCGUGUAUAAGCCAAAA